UCUUCAAACCCCUUUCCAAUGAUAAUAUGCCAUGUGGACUCUCUCUCUUCACCCAUGUUCGAUUCAAUUAGUUGAAUCUUUCAACUAUGAUUAAUCCACCUAUGAUUUAACUCUUCUUUCAACACAUGCAUUGUAAGUAUUAAACUGUUGAAUUAAAGUUUCAACACAUCCAUUGCUUGUAGUCUAACACUUAAAAUAUUGAUUCUGUUUAUUAACACAAUAUUUUAUUUUCUUAUUAAACCCUAGUCUUUUAUAAUGUAUUGUAUUUAACACUUUAGUGAAAAUAUCUUUUAAAUAAAUUUAAUUUUUACUUGAAAUUUUUAGUAUUUUAAAUCCAAUAAAAUAAAGAAAAGAUUAUAACAUUAUCACUAAAAAUUUAAAAUUUAAAAUUUAAAUUGUAUUAAUCAAUUUAUUUUACAUUCUUUUUCUAUCAAAACCAUACUACUUUUUUAUCAAAACCGUACUCUUAUCCACACUUAUUCCACGAACUGCAUGAACCUCAAUUGGACCGUAUCACACUUUAAUAUCUUAUAUUAUCAAAACAACGGUUACUAUUCAGACCCUAAAUCCCAAAUCCGGAAAGGUAAAAACAGGUCUAAGAUAUAUCUCUAUAACAAAAAAAUCAUAAUGAUGGAACAGAGAUAACAGAUCUAGAUGAAAGAGAAGAGACAAGAACUAAAGAACUAGGAUAGGAAAAAGCAUGCGACACAACAACUAAUAAUCAAAUAGACUAAAUGCUGAAAUGAACACCACACAGAAGCAAGAACAAUAGAAGACAAUAAUAAAUAUAAUAUAAAUAUUUGGAAAGACAUUGUAAAUAAAAAUACAUUUUACAUUAUUUUUACAAAUAUGAUUAUCAAAAUAUGUUAAGAAUAUAGACAAUACAUAAAAGUACAGACAUAUAAUAAAUUUGGAGAAUAUAUACAUACUGUUUUCUAUAUUGUAUUAUAAAAGUAUGGGGUUCAUCUGAGAAGAACUCAUUUCGUAAAAGGUUCUGUUUUCCUCUUUUUCAGCAAAAUUUUUUUUUUUAAUAAUGAAAAUAGGUAUUUGUAUAUAUCUUCCUGUUCUAUAUAAACCUAUUUCUCUUAGGCGGAGUGGACAAAGACAACAUACAACUAAAUAAAAAAACAAACAUAACAUUAACAUUUGAAAAAUGGCACCAGCUCAAAACCUAGUCAGUUCGAAACACGUAGCGGUGAUCGGAGCCGGAGCAUCCGGGUUAAUAGCGGCCAGAGAGCUCCAUCGUGAAGGUCACACCGUCGUCGUUUUUGAGCGGGAGAAACAAGUGGGAGGUCUCUGGAUUUACUCACCUAAAUCUGAAUCCGACCCGCUUGGUCUCGACCCGACAAGACCUAUAGUUCACUCGAGUGUCUACGAGUCUCUCCGAACCAACCUCCCGAGAGAGUGUAUGGGUUUCAGGGAUUUUCCGUUCGUGCCAUGUGUUGAUGACUUUUCAAGAGACUCGAGAAGGUAUCCGAGCCACAGGGAAGUUCUUGCGUACCUUCAAGACUUUGCUAGAGAGUUUAAAAUAGAGGAGAUGGUCCGGUUCGAGACCGAGGUGGUUCGGGUUGAGCCGGUUGAUGGAAAAUGGAGGGUCCGAUCCAAAAACUCCGAUGAUCUCUCCGAAGAGGAGAUGGUCCGGUUUGACGCAGUCGUUGUUUGCAGUGGGCAUUAUACCGAACCUUAUGUUGCUCAUAUUCCUGGGAUAAAAUCAUGGCCAGGAAAGCAGAUCCAUAGCCAUAACUACAGAGUUCCGGGUCCAUUCAAAAAUGAGGUGGUGGUGGUCAUCGGAAAUUUUGCGAGCGGUGCCGAUAUUAGUAGAGACGUAGCUAAGGUCGCCAAAGAAGUCCACGUUGCGUCUAGAGGGAGUGAAGCUAGUACGUAUGAGAAGCUUUCCGUGCCCACCAACAAUCUAUGGAUUCAUUCUGAGAUAGAGACUGCAUGUGAUGAUGGUUCAAUUGUUUUCAAAAAUGGGAAGGCGGUUCAUGCAGAUACUGUUGUGUAUUGUACCGGGUACAAGUAUAAGUUUCCAUUUCUUGAAACCAAUGGUUAUAUGAGCAUUGAUGAUAACCGCGUUGAACCUUUGUACAAACAUGUCUUUCCACCGGCGCUUGCCCCAGGGCUUUCUUUUGUUGGUUUACCAGGGAUGGGCAUACAAUUCGUCAUGUUUGAAAUCCAAAGCAAAUGGGUAGCUGCAGUUUUGUCUGGACGAGUUACACUUCCUGCACCAGAAAAAAUGAUGGAAGAUCUUAUUGCAUCGUAUGCCAUGCUUGAAGCGUUAGGUAUUCCCAAGAGAUAUACACAUAAAUUGGGUAAAAUUCAGUCUAAUUAUCUUGACUGGGUCGCAGAAGAAUGUGGUUGUCAGCCUGUUGAGCCUUGGAGAACUCAACAAGUUGACCGUGGUUAUGAGAGACUUGUUUCUAACCCUGAAAAUUACCGCGAUGAAUGGGACGACGAUGAUCUCAUAAAAGAAGCGUACGAGGAUUUUGCUAGUAAGAAGUUGAUUAGCUUUCUUCCUUCUUAUUUCCCCAAAUCAGGAAGAUGAUAUCCCAUAAUGGUGCCUACUUGUUUUUAAGGGUCUACUUGUAUUAUUUUUAAAAAUGUUGGUUUUAAUAAAGCUGAAUGUAAGGGUUGCUUGUUAUACAAUGGCUACUACUUUUCAAAUUGUCCUAGGUUUUAUCUAUGAAAAAUCAGGAUGGAGGUUUAAGCUUUCA